AUGACGCUCACUGCCCUGCGUGUGCACCGUGUGUCGGGGAAGCUCCAUCGCCAAGAUUUGGCCCUGCGUGCGACCGACGAUAUCUCCGCGAAUGAGAGGCUUUGCCGGUUCUUGGCCUGCGUGUGGGUUUGGAAUGCUGGGACAUGGCUGGGCCGUGGAAUGCCCUGUGUGAGGACAUUGCAAUGGAUUGACGUAUCACAGUCCGUUGCUAAGAUUUGGAUCUUAGCUGGAUACUGA